AUGUUUCCUGGCGAUAUGGAAUCGAAGGCAUCGUCUAUGAAUGGCGACCAACCUUCAUCUCCCACUCCAUCAUCAUCAACUUCAGUAACUAUUCCCACGUACACUCCAACUUCGAUGUAUGAUCAAGAGCUACAGUUCAGUCGCAGCGUCGCCAAACAUGUAUACGAAGCCGCCGCUACGCUCCGAGCAGCAUUUCUUUGUGGCUUCCAACCAUACACAGACGUUGCAAGCUUCGCCCACGACGAGAUUGUGAGCCAGUUACACUAUUGGUCAUCUUUUAUCAGCUUUGUAAACGACCCAGCAAACAAUCAAGCUUUCACGAGGAUGGAUAUUUUGGAAGUCACUCGUGCGUUGGUACAGUGCGCCGAAGACACAGUACUCGCUGGAAACGACAUCCACAUGAUCGUUGCACAUUUGCAAAUUCCUCAAAGUGAGAAGGGAAGAAUCAUCAAGACCUUUGUUACAGCAAAUUCCAUGCUGGGAGACCAGCCUGAAGUUGAAGUCUCAAACCUUGUUCGAUCAAGCCUCGAUGGAGAGUCAACGGUUUACGUGAUAUUUGGAGGACAGGGGAAUGGCGAUGGCUAUUUCGCAGAAUUGGCUGAACUUUAUGAGGUCUAUCAACCUUUGGUUGGCGAUCUGGUACGGUCAGCUUCGGACUUGUUCAGACAUCUGACAGACAAGAUGGAUGUUAACGAUUGCUUCUCAGAGGGUAUGGAAUUGAUGGCUUGGAUUGACAAGGACAACGAUACACCUAUACCAUCAAGGCCCUAUCUACUCUCCUCUGCUAUUAGCUUUCCUCUGAUAACGCUGCUGCAACUUCUCCACUUCAAAAUCUCAUUCCACUAUUCCGGAUGCAGCUUCAAGGAUGUACAGAGAUUCCUAGCUGGUGUAACAGGACAUUCUCAAGGCAUUAUAGCUGCUGCAGCUAUUGCUGCCGUGGAUUCCCCUGCUUCCUUUCACGAACUAUCUCUGCAAGCAAUGACGGUGAGCUUUUCAAUGGGGGUUCGCAUUCAUCAAUAUUACGGGCCACAAGUGCUGCCACAAUUGAUAACUGAGGCCUGCUUGGCGGAAGGGAAGCCGAUCCCAACCCCAAUGCUUUCAGUUCGUGGCCUGAGCAUAGAAACAUUAGCGACGACAAUCCAAGAUUUGAAUAAGAGUUUACCACGAACAAAGGUCCAAUUGGAGGUAGGGCUCAGGAACAACGACUCCAAUUAUGUUAUAACGGGCGAUCCAAUGUCGCUUCGCGGACUCUGUACACAUUUCGAUCACAAGAAGAAGGCGCUGGAUAUAGUCUAUCAGUUUCUUCCAGCUGCUGCACCAUAUCACAAUAGCUACCUCAGCAUAGCGGCCUCCAGAGCAAUCGAGGACUGUCAGGAAAUCAUCCUUCGGGGAUGCGAUUUGAAGAUGCCGGUCUUCUCAACAGUCGACGGAUCAGACUUACGAAAUAACGAGGGAGCAAACCUUGUACCUGAUUUGAUUCGAAUGGUUUGCUGUCAAGUCGUCAACUGGCCUGCUGCUUUGAAUAUGCCUGGUGCUACUCAUAUCUUGGACUUCGGACCUGGAGGUGCACAGGGUGUUGGGGUACUUGCAAACAGCAUGAAAGCUGGCCAAGGCGUUCGCGUCAUUCAUGCAACAGUUUUGAAUGGCUUGAACACAGAGCUGGGAUACAAGCCCGAUCUAUUUGACCGCAGUCGAAAAGCUUCUGAGCGAGUCUCAAAACCUCAGCCUUGGGUAAACUCCUUUCAGCCUACCCUCACACGCUUCACUGAAAACAAGCUGGUAGUCAGCACACGAUUCACCAGACUAUUCCUGCAACCCCCUAUAAUGGUAGCGGCAAUGACGCCAACAACAACAUCUUGGGAUUUUGUCGCUGCCGUCAUGAAGGCGGGAUUCCACGCGGAGCUAGCCUGCGGAGGCUUUCACGAUCGCGACUCCUUGUCUGCUGCUAUUACGGCCAUCGCGAACCAGGUAGAGCCUGGAACAGGAAUCACAUGCAAUGUGAUAUACAGCAGCCCAACUAGCCUGCGGUGGCAGAUCGAUGAACUUGAGAAGCUGGUAGCGGCUGGCUACCAGAUCGACGGUCUGUCAAUUGGGGCGGGCGUGCCCUCGGUAGAAGUUGUACAGGGAUAUGUUGAACGACUACAACUUCAGCAUAUUGCCUUGAAACCAGGGUCAACCGAAGCGAUCGAGAGAACACUUAAGAUCGCAAAGGCUUUGCAACCACUACCUGUUGUUCUUCAAUGGACAGGCGGCCGUGGAGGGGGACACCAUUCGAACCAAGACUUCCAUGCGCCGCUGAUCUCAAUGUAUGGCAAGAUCCGAGCACAGGAUAAUGUAGUCCUGGUUGUUGGAAGCGGUUUUGGUGGUCCAUCCGAUACCUUGCCUUACAUCACGGGUAAAUGGGCGUCCGAUAUGGGCCUGCCGCCAAUGCCAGUGGACGGAAUACUGCUGGGCAGUAGAGUCAUGGUAGCAAAGGAAGCGCACACGAGCACGGAAGCCAAGCAUCUCAUCGUGGCAACCGAAGGUGCUCCAGAUGAUGAAUGGAGUGGUACAUAUUCACGUCCAACUGGCGGUGUUCUCUCUGUCAUUUCAGAGAUGAGGCAACCUAUUCAUAAAAUUGCUACUCGCGCAGUUCGGCUAUGGCACGAGUUGGACCAAACAAUCUUCCACCUCGGUCCCAAAGAACGUGUGGCUGAGAUUACUAGACGUCGUGAUGAAAUCAUUAGGCGGCUCAAUCACGACUAUCACAGGGUUUGGUUCGGGUGCAGUGGGCCAACUCGAGACCCUGUGGAACUUGAUGAAAUGACAUACAGCGAGGUUCUCCACCGGUUUGUCGAGCUCGCAUAUGUCACGGCUGAGCACCGAUGGGUCCAUCUAUCAUGGAAGAAACUGUUUUCAGAGCUGCUCACUCGAACCAUGUCACGACUACAUCGAACUAGUGAUUCCCGAUCGGAGACCCUUGUUGACGACCUGGAUGACCCUUAUUCGACUCUAGCAACACUUACAGACGCAAGUGCCCAGUUGAUUACCUAUGAAGAUAGCAUAUACUUCCUCCAACUCUUUCGUCGACGCGGGCAGAAGCCAGUACCGUUCAUUCCAGUUCUCGACGCAGACUUCGAAACAUGGUUCAAAAAAGAUUCACUUUGGCAGUCAGAGGAUAUAGCCGCGGUUCCCAAUCAUGACGCACAACGUGUUUGUAUAUUGCAUGGCCCUGUAGCGGCACAAUACUCUACAAAGGUCGACGAGCCCGUCGGUGAGAUUCUGGGUAAUAUUCACACUGCCUGGGUCACAGCAAUCCUGCAAACUCACUAUCAAGGCCAGAGUGAACUCGUUCCAGUUUUCGAUAACUCUCCAUUCCACGCCAGCCAAGUCGAGUCUUCCAAAACCAAUACCGAACUCUCCACGCCUCCGCUUAACCAUGGGCUUUGGACUUUGGAACAGUGGAUUGUUCAUAUCGUUCAAUCUAGAGACAAGAAUCUGAAUUGGGCCAAGGCCCUAUUGGCCUCUCCAAGAGUACUAUGUGGGCGACGACUUGUCCCGAACCCGUUCAUCACCACGCUCUCAGGAUUACGGAGUAUGGACAUUCAUGUUGCUGAGACUACAAAGACUGGUGUCGGAGCAGGAUUCACCUUCUUCAAAAUUCCGUUAGAAGAAACACAUCAGGACCUACUGGACUUAACCUUGCAGUCAAAUAAUGAGAUCUCGAUCCAGAUCAGCCAUUACCCGACACUACAGAGUGCGCCCAUCACACUCACUCACCACAUGUCAUGUCAGUUUUCGAAACUUGCUAUGAACAAGAGUCUUAGUGAUCGUUCUGCCAUGAUCAGAGAUUUCUAUCGCCGCAUUUGGCUCGGAACGAGUCAUGAAUCCAGUCAUAAAUCCAUAUAUGACAAAUUCGAAUGUGAACCAUACACCGUCACGGCAGAUGCUAUACGCAAGUAUAACGAUUGUACAAGGUUACCUACUUCCAUGCCACCCACGUCGUGGGCGACUUCAGAGGUGCCGUUGGACUUUGCCGUCGUCAUAGCCUGGAAAGCGUUGGUAAAGCCCCUCUUUAGCCGCGAGCUUGAAGCAGACAUACUGAAGCUUCUUCAUGUCUCAAAUGAGAUAACGCUUCACUCGGAUCAUUCUCCACCUAUGGUCCACGAUGUACUGCACACAGAGUCUCAAGUCACCGAAGUCGUUUUGCAACCGUCUGGGAAAAUGGUGCAAGUUGAAGCACAUGUUUUCAGGGGGAAGAGUUGCAUCUUGGACCUAAAGACACGGUUUUUGCUUGUUGGAAACGACACUCAUCGUGAUCACUUAUUCCGGAGGUCUAUUCUACCGCCCUCCGAGAUUCUCUUGGAAGACGAGAUAAGUGCUAUGCAACUGGUUCAAUCGUCUUGGUUUCAGCCUCUUCGCGAUACCUCCGACCUUGUUGGUAAACGAGUGGUUUUCCAACUAGAGGACUUGAUGCAGUUCCAUGAGAAUGGGCAGAUCCGAUGCCAUCAAAUCACCGGAUGUGCCAUGUUGGAUGGUUCGAUUGUUGGAAACUGUUAUCUUGAAACUCCCGAUGACGCUUAUUUGAGCCUGAUGGGAAACAUUCUCAGUCAACAGACAGGAUCUUCGAGUCAGCCUGCUAUUUUCGAGACACCACUCCUUCUUUUCGAGGAACAGGAAAUAUCCUUCACCGCUCCAACAUGCGAGCAAACUAUCGCAUAUUCAGCCGCUAGUGGCGAUUCCAACCCGAUCCAUGUAUCCCCCGUCUUUGCAUCCCUAGCGGGUCUUUCAAGCCCAAUCGUUCACGGAAUGCACAUCAGCGCAGAGGUUCUGCAAAUUGUCUACACCUGGCUCUGUGCAAGUUCAAUGAGCAGGCUGAAGAAAUCUCACGUACUGUUUGCAGGUAAAGUUUGUACAGGAGAUAGACUUGCAGUCUCAAUGAAACACACCGCCAUGCAUCGAGGACUUCGCGUUGUCGAGGUUCAAAUUCACAAGAACAUGGCAGAAGAGCUUGUCUUUGUGGGCACCUACGAGAUCGAGCAGCCACUUACAGCAUUGGUAUUUACAGGUCAGGGAAGUCAAAAGAAAGGCAUGGGAAUGGACCUUCGUGACAAAAGUGCUGCAGCUAGACGAAUUUGGGACACAGCUGAUGACCACUUCCAGCAUGAAUAUGGAUUUCGAAUUACCGACAUUGUGCGCCAUGAUCCUCCAUCUCUGACGGUGCAUUUCGGUGGUGUGCAUGGCCGUCGCGUGCGUUCCAAUUACAUGGCUUUAACAUAUGAACGUGUGGCCUCAGACGGGCAGAUUAUCGAGGCGAAGUUGUUUCCCACGAUCAACGAAAACACCACUAAAUACGUAUUUUCCUCUGAGUCGGGAUUGCUGUCUUCCACGCAGUUCACUCAGCCUGCGCUAGGGUUAAUGGAGCUAGCCAUCAUGGCAGAUUUGGAGGCUCGUCAGCUGAUCCCAUCGAAUGUCACUUUCGCGGGGCAUUCCCUUGGGGAAUACUCGGCUCUGAUGGCAGUGGGACAUAUCAUGCCUCUGGAAGUCUUCAUAUCUACUGUAUUUUACCGCGGUUUGGUGAUGCAGUCUACAGUGACGUACGACCAUCAUGGUCGAUCCAAGUACGCCAUGUGUGCUGUAGAUCCGACGAGAGUAUCAACAGAUUUUGACGGCCAGAAGCUUGGCUGGCUCGUUACCCAGAUUGCUUCUGAAGGACAGUGGCUCCUCGAAGUGGUCAAUCACAACGUGAUUGAUUCUCAAUACGUCUGCGCGGGAGAGGCCAUUGCACUUCACUGCCUAGGUGUCGUUCUCGAUCGUAUACACUAUGCUUCAAAGUCCUUUUUCGAUGAUGGCUCUUUCGAUCUCACUGACUGCAUCAGAGAAUCAGUAAAAGAGAUUAGAAAGGACCGAUCGAAAGUAGUGCUAAGUCGAAGUAAAGCGUCAAUUCCGUUGAAGGGCCUAGACGUCCCUUUCCAUUCCUCUCAUCUUCGUUCAGGCGUCGACCCCUUUCGAAGACGUUUACAAAGAUCGAUCAAACUUGAUAAUGCUAGUCCAACGAAGCUCAUAGGCCGGUAUAUUCCCAAUCUGACAGGCAAGCCUUUUGAAGUAACUCGACAGUACUUUAAUGAGGUUCUACGCCUUACUGGUUCAAUACCGAUACAACAAGCUCUAGAAUCGUGGGACAGAGUGGCUUCUACUAUAUAG